AUGGCGGAGAACGUUUCCUCGGGUGAGUUCUCGACGUCUCUGACGAGCUCCACCAAGCUGCCCCCGCCAAGGACUCGUAUUUUCAAAAUCAUCGUUAUCGGGGACUCGGGGGUCGGAAAGACGUGCCUGACCUACCGCUUCUGCGCCGGGAAGUUCCCCGAGAAGACCGAGGCCACCAUCGGGGUGGACUUCAGGGAGAGGCUGGUCGAGAUUGAUGGCGAGAAGCUCAAGAUCCAGCUCUGGGACACAGCAGGCCAGGAGCGCUUCAGGAAGUCCAUGGUGCAACACUACUACCGCAACGUGCAUGCUGUAGUCUUCGUCUAUGAUGUCACCAACGCUGCCAGCUUCCGCAGCCUCCCUGCAUGGAUUGAGGAGUGUAAGCAGCAUGCUUUGGGAACAGAGGUGCCCAGGAUCCUUGUUGGAAACAAGUGUGACCUCCAAGAUUCCAUACAAGUAGCAACAGAUGUGGCGCAACAGUUUGCUGACUCCCACUCCCUGCCUUUGUUUGAGACCUCUGCUAAGAACCCCAACAAUAGUGACCACGCUGGCAAUAGUGACCACGUUGAAGCUAUUUUCAUGACAGUGGCUCACAAGCUCAAGUCGCAGAAGCCUCUGGUAUUGAGCCAACCUCCUGCAGAAUCAGGAGCUAGCGUCAACUUAGGCAGCAGCAGGCAGGACGGUACUGAUGGAUCGCGGGGCUGGGCCUGCAACAGCUGCUGA